GGACUGCUCCCGUGGUUUCUCGCCAUCGGGAUAGUCAGGUCGAGCGAGUGCUUGCCAUAUGUUCUGGGUCUUGGGCGUCUCUGGUGAUUGCCGGGAUGUGCGCUUGGGAUGUGCUGCUGGGAUGCAUCGGCUCCUCCCAGCCAAUCUCCCCAAAACAGGACCCACCGCUGCAAGCCGAUCCUCGGACCCGCACCCGUCCCGCGCUGUUAUUUUCCUCCAGCCAGGGAAUUGCCGCACCAAACUGCCACGAUCAGGCGCUUGGCAAUCAGCACCCAGCUCAAUCCGCAAUCCGCCCAAUCUGCAACCUACCCAAUCUGCAGCCAAUCUCUGGCGAAUCCGUGGCAUCCUUCCAAGACGAAUCGCACUUCUACGCUUCCGUGCAUCAUCCGUCAAAGCCUAUAUCUCUCGUCGCGAUGAUCGCCGAACCCCUUGCCGAACUCUCAACCCCGCAAAAGCCAGCCACGCUCAAGUCAGCCAUGUCCGCCUCUCGCAUCCCUGUACCCAUUUCGCAGCGAUCAUCGUCGCCCACGUCGGCCGAUUCCGGCGCAGAAUCACAACCCAAGGCCGGAAAACGCCUCAGCUUGGGAUCUGCUGGUCCUCUGGGCCUCGCUGAUCUCCCGGCAUCACAGAGCCCAACAUCGCUCUUUCCUUCAUCGCAAACGCUGCCGUUCGGAUUCUCCUCCGUGAGGUUCAAGUCUCCCGAGGUCGUCAGAAGCGACCAUGAUGAGCUCAAGGAGUUUGCCCGGUGUUCCGCGCCGCUCGGAAGCGGCCUGAUCUUUUCCCCUGUCCAGCCCGAGUCGAGCGUCUUCAAGCUUCCGGCAGAGCCUCCCAAAAAGACCGAGCCGGAUCUGCCUCGGGAAGUGCAGAAGAAGGUCGACGAGGUCGUCUCCUCCAACAUCACUUUCACCCCGAGCCGUCUCCUCAGCGCUCUUUCGCGCGAAUCGCCGGCAGAGCCCCCGCCCUCAGGCCCACCUCCGCCUCCGCCCGUCUUCAAGAUGGAAUUCAAGUUCCCGCCGUCACCAGGAAGGACCGAGGACCGCGACCCGCUGUCCAGCUCACUGGCCUCUGGCCUCGACGUCGAUCCCGAAACCUCGUUUUCGUCGUCCAUUAUCCCCCUGGAAGAAGUCCUGCAUGACGAUAUGAACGACGAUAUGCUGAACCAAAGCGAUGAUUUCUUGGCCAGCUCCACCAACGACUCCCUUGCAAAAGAAAUCCUGCGUGCCCGCACCGAGGACAUUUCUGGAAUCCAGAAGCCCACCGAGUUUGGCGGUCUUGUCGGGGCAACAGGGGCCCCGAACGACCUUGAUAUCGAGGUGCCCGGAUACGCCGGCGAUGACAUCCACCAGGAAACGACCCCGAGCGCCUUCGAUCAGACUGCUGAGAUCAGCAUCCAAAACGAGCACGAGAGCAGCAUGGGAGAGUUUGACCUGAACUACCGGCCAUCCAACUCUCUGCAUGACGAGAUCCUCGGCGCCGGCUUGGACGGCCCGCUCUCCGCGACCGAGAUCGCCAAGACACCGAUUCUGAGUCACCAAGUGCGUCUGCUGAACGGCAAGGACAGCCAAGACUCGGACAGCCUGGCGGCGAGCGAGCUUGGCCUCGGCCUCGGCCAGGAUGAGUCUAGCUUUGCCGAGCCCGUCAGCGACAUCGGCAGCCAACAGUUCCGCAGGCCGUUCAGCGAGCGCUUUCCGUGCGACUUUGAGCCCCAUGAUUCGAGCGACGAUCUGCUCUUCCUCUCCGCCAGAUCCAACGGCGCCAAUCUCACCACGAUCUCGGAGGAGCUGACUCUGGACCGCGACCCAGACAGCAGCCUGUCCUUUGCAGUCAAGGAUGCACCGUCAUUUGCGAACCACAACGUCGUCGAUUCUGUUGCGGAUCUGUCGACCAUCUAUCCUUCCGACCUUCUUGGUCCCUCAAACGAACCCAGCGACUGGGACGUUGUCGACGACAGAGAGCCUGCCCCCAAGCUUGCCGAGGGUACUUUGGGCUUUGGCACAGUGCGGACAGCCAGCUCCCCGAGAGCGCAAGCCCUGUCCAAUGGCGUCUCGGCCCAUACUCGGGGCGAGCGGCAAACCUCGAUCUCGCCCGUUCGGCGCGCAGUCGCUGGUGCUCGUCUCUCGCCUAUGUCCAAGGAACGCCAGGUGUCGCUUUUGGGAGAAGUUGGCAAGAAGAUCAAUCAAAUCGCAGACCGAAACGGUGGGGAGGCCCACGCCAACGGCGUCUAUCUGUCGAUGAUGCAGGUCCUCGACGAGAUCCGGGGCAUCUUUGGCAAGGUGCAUCAUGACGAGAGCUCCAAAAGCAAGCUUAUGGAGGAAAUCGAGCGUGAGCUUCAGGGCAUCAGUGAAGUCGACAGGAAAAUGGAGCGUCUGCGUCGAAGAAACACACAGCUCAAGCAAGAGCUCGGCGCUGAACAGUCUCACCUGGAGCAAGUCGGAGAAAAGAUCAGCAAGCUCGAGAGAAACAUUGUGGUCUCGCAAGCCGGCCUGGAGUUUGAUGAGGCCCGUCUGAAGGAUGUCGAAGAGCGCUAUACAGCCAAGCUUCGCGAGCUCGAGUUGGCAAAGCAGACUGGUCGGUUUUCGCUCGUGGCAAGGAAGGUCGGAAGGACCAUCACGGUCUACGCGCAGUCGUUCUGGCACAGAAUCCUGUCGAUUCUGUUUGUAGUGUUUAUCUUUGCCCUCGCAUACUUUGCGCUGGAUGUACUGAUGGGACUCUGCGUCCCUGUUGGCCAUGCGCCCAAUGCCCUUUGUCGGGACACUGUCUUUCCCCAGCUCAUCAUCGCCUUCCGGGAAGCGAUCCGCACCGAGUCCGAAACGAUCAUCUAGCAUUGGCGGCAUCGCCUCGUACUGAGGCCAAGCCAAGCCAAGUCCCGCGGCACAUAAUUUUCGCCCAUUCGACACUUUUGCGCAGCUCGUUGCGGGCCCACCAAAGUCACACUGAGCCAAUCCACACUGCAUUCACUUUCGACUCCCUUCCCCACCCUCGCUCUGCAUUCUCUAUCAUUGUUCUGCGUUCUCCUCUUUUCCUCUGCUCCGCUCUUGCCGAAACCAAAAACAAGACUCUUGAUAGUGCAGAGUGAACUGCGUCGAGCAAGCGAACGUGAGCGGCCGGCAUGUUAUCGCCGGUGCAAAGCAAAAGUGG